AUGAAGAAUCUAUUAGUAUUACUUUUUGCUUCCCAAUCAAUCCUGUGUGCAGUUCAAUAUAACAAGAAUGAUGAUUCUGCACAUGGAGUGCGUUUUUCUGGCAAUGACCAGAUGUUAGUAUUUGCGAGUAAUCUUUGGAAAAUACUCAGAAUACGUAUUCACCCAUUACAAACGUCGUCGCACGAAUGUACGAUUGUAUAUCCAAGGAAAAACUUAUUUGUCUACAGUCUAGCGGUAUUAUCGACUAAUGAAACAAGCAGUAUGAAUAAAUUACACCGAUUUGUACAAGCUGCUGAAGACAUGAACACUCAAAAUGUAAUUCUGUCGAUUUUUGUCGUCAACGAAACGAGUUGUGAAAUGUAUGAAUCACAAAAACACACCGUCCGACUCAAGGAACAUCAAGAUUACAUGGUGAUCAAAGUUGAUCCAGCGCAAAAAUCUGUGUAUCUAUUUGCAGAUACAUUCAUUUCUUCGUUUUCUAUAGAUGAUUCAAAAAUACAUGAUAUACGAGAUUUGGAUGUACAUAUUGACUUUCCAUUUCGUGUGCGUGCUGUUGAUAUUACCGAUUCAUAUAUGGUCGCUGCUGGAUAUUAUAUUUUGCCACCAAACCCAGAUUUGAUCUCAUAUGUAGCAUUGCUUUUUACCCUUAAUCUACUAAGAAUAGUGUCCACAACAGAUAGACAAGAUCCUCAUUUUCGCCGAGAAUCAAAAACCUUGAGUUAUACCGUGGACAGUACUAUGGCAGUGGCGAUCAAUCCGACGUAUAAUAUAGUGGUGGUAACUUUCUCAAGUAUUAACCUAAUUAAAGUACUUUACGUGGAUAAGAAUCACAUGAAUUCUGCAGCGUGGACAUUAAAUCCGACUAAAGGCCACCAUUGUUCAAACAUCAACAUUGGCAUGUGCCGUUCAGCAGUUUGGCUCAACGACCUAUCCAUUGCCAUGUUGUUCUCAACAGUUUCCAAUCGCCCAUGGUCGAUGUCCGAAGUGCAUGUCUAUGAUGCUAGAAGCUUGUGCGGAAAUGUUUCUUUUGUUUUUCCGAACAAUCAACAACACAUUCAAUGGUUGACAUCGUUUCGUUUCCUUCAAUUAAUAUCUUGGUCAGGUCAUUUACUCAUACUUACUGAUGACGAAACAAUGCUCUUAAUACCAUCAACUGCACCGGGUUUCACAUCAUCAUGGCCUGUCAAGUUCGGUUUCAGCGAUAUUGUCUAUAAUGUGACACCAUGCAUUGCAGGAACAUUUAAAAAUACUACUGAUAUUGGACCAUGUAAAGUUUGUCCUUCACAAACGAAGAAUCUCGGCAAACUACCAUGUACUAAGUGCGAACCUUGCGCGUCUACUUCGUUCUGUUCGCUUGGUUCUAUUGGUGAGAUUUCUUUGAAAAAUUAUCCAUCAUAUGUUCAAACAUUUGCCUAUCCUGAUGCACCUGAUACGAAUAAUUACGACGAUCUUCUUGUACACAAAAUUCUUACAAUAUCCGGUCCGCGCCGUUGUAUUGUUAUAUCGCCAGUAUUUUGGGCACUACUUAUCAUCGCAUUAUGCUUCAUUAUUUGGUUUUCCAUGAUUCUGUGGAAGAAAUUCAAUUGUCCCAGAGGAGGACCACAUCGGAAAAGACUCACUGUUUUCUUUAGAAAGACGAAUAUUAUCAACGAAGACGGGCAUUGGAUAGGUGGUCUAUUUUCAUUCGCUUGCCUUGUACUUUUUGCUUUUACUUCUGGAUUUGCUUUUGAGUUUUUAUCGCUGUAUCCAAUUGAAAAGUCUUUUACGCCCUUCUUUUCCUGUGACAAUCCGCUAACUAACAGUGUAUUCGAAAGCGCACUACAAUUGCCAUUAACAAGUACAGAUGGCGAUCAAUGGGAUAUUUUCAACAUGCUCGAUGAUCAACUAUUAACGGUGACUGUUGAUUUCUUGAAUACAGUGGCUGACUGCUCAUGUAUCACUAUACAACAAAACAGGCCUGGACUUGAACAUCUGACAGUACCCCAUAAGUUAUGCACAUUACAGCAUGAUAACGCUACACGUUCGAUUACGUUUGAUUUACUAGCACAUCAUAUCGAUAUACAAAUUAACAUUACCGGACCUUAUUUUAUCGGUGGAAUACGAUUAUGUCUUCGCGGCAACGGUCGAACGAAAGGUGAACAUACAUUACACGCACUCGAUACAUGUCAUUUGUUUUUAUCGCUGAACGAAACUCUGUUACCUGUAGCAGCAUGCGACAUAGUCAUGAUUAAAGUUAUUAAUGUCACUAAGCCAUUGAACAUAGGCGACAACACACUUUAUCAUGGUCGAUGGUCACCAUCGUUUGCUAGAAGUUCGAUAUUCGACGCGCUAUUCUACAAACAAUAUGGACAGCACUAUCGCUAUCAAAAUAAACGUAUGAUAUUCAUGUUUACGAUGCGUGAAUAUCCUUUCUAUCUUCAAAAUAUUCAACAACCGAUUGUUCGUCGAGCUGAACUAGUUUUUCAUACAUUGCUAUUCUGUACGCUGAUUAUUGAGCUAUUUUCAAUUAGUUUUCUUCUGUUUAAACUUGUCGCUAAGCCUCUUAUGCAUAUGGCUAUUCGUUGUUUUGGUACUUCAUCAAAGCAAAAUGUCAGUUCGAACACAGAACUUUCAUAA